CUGCCUCUACAACAAAAUUAUCUUCUAUCUCUUUAAUUUAUCAGAGAAUUGUUAGACUUCUAUUUUCAUUAUGUCUCCGCUUUCAGAUCUUAUCAACCUCAAUCUCUCUGAUUCUACCCAGAAAAUCAUCGCUGAAUACAUAUGGAUAGGUGGAUCAGGCAUGGACUUAAGGAGCAAGGCCAGGACUCUUUCUGGUCCUGUUACUGAUCCUUCAGAACUACCCAAAUGGAACUAUGAUGGAUCUAGCACAGGUCAAGCUCCUGGAGAAGAUAGUGAAGUGAUCUUAUACCCUCAAGCUAUCUUUAAGGAUCCAUUCAGAAGAGGCAACAAUAUCUUGGUCAUGUGUGAUGCCUAUACUCCUGCUGGCGAGCCUAUCCCGACAAACAAGAGGCAUGCUGCUGCCAAGAUCUUCAGCAACCCUGAUGUUGUUGCUGAGGAACCCUGGUAUGGUAUUGAGCAAGAAUACACCUUGUUGCAAAGGGAUAUUAACUGGCCUCUAGGCUGGCCUAUUGGAGGCUUCCCUGGACCUCAGGGACCAUACUACUGUGGAACCGGAGCUGAUAAGGCCUUUGGACGUGAUAUUGUGGACUCCCAUUACAAGGCUUGUCUUUAUGCUGGGAUUAACAUCAGUGGUAUCAACGGAGAAGUCAUGCCCGGACAGUGGGAAUUCCAAGUCGGACCUUCUGUUGGCAUCUCAGCCGGUGAUGAAGUGUGGGUAGCUCGUUACAUUCUUGAGAGGAUUGCGGAGAUUGCUGGAGUGGUUGUGUCAUUUGACCCCAAGCCUAUUCCGGGCGAUUGGAACGGUGCAGGUGCUCACACAAACUACAGCACCAAGUCGAUGAGGGAAGAUGGAGGCUAUGAAGUCAUUUUGAAGGCUAUUGAGAAGCUUGGCCUGAAGCACAAAGAGCACAUUGCUGCAUAUGGUGAAGGCAAUGAGCGUCGUCUCACUGGAAAGCACGAAACAGCCAACAUCAGCACCUUCAAAUGGGGGGUUGCCAACCGCGGUGCAUCUGUCCGUGUAGGAAGGGACACAGAGAAGGCUGGCAAGGGAUAUUUUGAGGACAGAAGGCCGGCUUCAAAUAUGGAUCCAUACGUCGUUACUGCCAUGAUCGCGGACACUACCAUCAUCUGCAAACCUUGAAGCUUUUUAGUAUGAAUUGCUUGUUUCUGGUUUUGCUCAAUUUGGGAUAGAAAAGGAUUGAUUUAUGAAACAGCCCUUUCGCUUUGCCUGUGUCUUUAGUUAGGAUAGUCUGGCCUUUUCUUAUUUCUUCUUUUAUUCCAGUUGAAGUUGUAUUUUCAUACAGCAAUGCUGAUUUCAUUGCCUAUGAUUUGGCAAUGGUGUUACAAACAAAACAAUGUUAUUCUUAUUAAUAACAAAUUAUAAAAGGGUUGGUUCUGUUGCUCAUUUA